UUUCCUCUUCCAAACCCCAAAGACAGGCCAGCGUUUAGUUUGCUUGCGUCAGAGUAGGCCUCCGGAAUUCAUCGCCACCCACAUCAGCCGCCGGCGAUGUCUCCGUCCGCCGACGCCGCCGCGCCGGCCUCCACCUCGGCGCCCCCGCUCGCGCCCCUCAUCGCCGCGCAGCUCAACUACCUCAUCUCGCACUCCAAGCCUCCCAUCAGGGUGGGGCAGAUCUGGUCCGGCUGCCGCAACGGCCGCCACUCCGAUCGGUUCACGCUUUCCAUCCCCUUCUGCCUCGACUACGUCCACUGGGAUGUCGUGUACAAUGCGCUGUCUCCCAAGGUGGCGCCCGACGUGGUGUUCGGGCCGGACGACGAGGGGUUCCACCCGCUGGUCGAUUAUGCCGAGGCUGGAAAUGGCGAUAAGAGCUGCUUGGCAUGCUGGGACUGCCGCGACCCCAAGGGACUCCUUGCUCUCGUACAGGAGCUCCGGGAAUUGUACGUUGAAUACCACAAGAAGCAGGUUGCCAAGGUGGACGAUGCAAGAGUAACGUUUGAACUAAGUACAGUUCUCUCUAAGGAGGGUAUUGAAGUCUGCAUGGUACCUUCUGCCGAUAGGCCAGAUGAGGUGAAAUUUGCUGUACCACUUCUGGACGCAGACUUCGACUUUACCAAACUGGUGCAAGGAUGUCCUUGGAGAGUACCUCAAAAGAUCCAUCUACAGGUCAUUUUUCCAAUCAGUAGAAGUUCAAGUUACUCUUCUGUUCCUUCUGCUCCACGACUCAAACUAAUCUCAACACCAGAUUUGAAAUCACUUUUCUCAGUUGAGGAUGUGAAACUCCCUCCAUGGUCAAACGGGAUGUGUUUAGCGGAGUAUCUUCCUGCCUUAGAAGAAAGUCUUAACCUGCUGGUUGUUGAAGCAUCAGCUUCAAUUGGUGCCAGAAGACGUUUUAUUGAGGCACUGGCUCCUACCUUUGGGAGACCGAUAGAGGCUGAUCCGAUUUUUUGCAAGAGAGCUACAGUACUGUCCAUUUCAGGAAUUUUCACAUUUCUGGUUCACUUUGCUAUCCCCCUUCAAUUCCCAAAGCAGCAACCUGUCCUCACAUUGCAGAGUUCUCAGCACUGUAAUGCUGACGGGACACCUAUUACGUCGCCCCCGAUAAAUGACUAUCCCUGGAGUCCUAGAUGGGAUCAGGCAGAAAUGGUUGAACGUAUCUAUGACUUCCUGACCGAUGAGUGCCAAAAUUUCAAGAAGUUCUGCAGUGAUGCUAUCACUCAGCAGAAAUAGCUGCCAUCACUCAGCAGCGGAAGCUUUGAACAAGCUUCCUUAUUCUUAGCAACUGGAACCCUCGUGUCCAUUUCUGUAUCGCAACAGGCAACAGGCAACAGGCAACAGGCGAUGGACCGGUGCCCAUUCACUGCUGUAUCAGGAUUUCCUGUCAUGUGAUGCGGGAAGUUGGGAGGCAAUCUCAGGCGGUAGAAACCCAUAGGAUCGCUUCUGUUUUGCAGCCUUGUUGAUUGUUUGGGAUGUGUGCAAUCCAUUUCUUUGGACCUUGUAAAUAUGGUUAGAAUGGCAGGCAUCUCUACCUCCAUCGCACCCUCCCUUGUAAAGUACGCUGGCAAAGAUUUUUACUCUCGCUGCUGUUAGGGAAAAUGUAUUGGUUUUCUGCGCAUACCUGAUAAUCCAUACAAACUUGUGUAUAUUGGCUCAA